AUGGUCAACCCCCCUGCGCCAACACCUUCCCCUCUCUCCAACAGGCCUAGGGACCAGGCCGCUAGUACCGGGACCGGUCACGGAGGAGCAGAAACAGCAGGUGCAAGGGCAGAGCUCCCCCAAGCCGCCCAGGCCAGCCCCUCAGCACUCCUCGGCAACAGCCGGGUCAGCUUUCCCGCGGCAGCCGCCCCCCUCCUCCCAUUGGCUGUCUCCCGCCCCCGGGCGGGGCCGUGGCUGCCGGCCCGUUUGAAACUGGCCAUCCAGCACAGCCUGGGCGGCGGACGGUUACCUCUCCCAUUGGUGGCUGCUGAGGAGGGGCGGGCACUGAUGGCAGCGGGGGCGGAGGCAGAGGGAGCGCUCCAGCUUGCGCUGUCUAUCCCAGGAUGUUACCUGGACGCGGAGGAGGAGGCGUGGAGGCAGAAACUGGAGGCUGGCAGGGCCAAGUUUGCUUACUUCAGACAACGAAAAACAAAAAGCGACAUCACGCAGUCGCAGAAAAAGACGGCGAAGAGGAAGGGCUCGUCUGUCCACACACAUGACGUUUCGAAGGAAGAGUACGCACUAGUGGCCCAAGAUGUUCGUAAGGGUAUAGAGAGUAAGGCUGAAGACGCCAACCUACUAGAGAGUAAGGCUGAAGAUGCCAACCUACUAGAGACAACAACAGAGACAGAGAAAGUUACAAUAGAUUCUGCUGCAGAAUACAGUGAGCUUGAUGCUAAGAUGUGUCAGGUGAGAAUAGCUGAGUUAGAGAACAGACUUCUGGAGAAACAGGAAGCAGUCGAAACACUCACUGCACAGAUGGAUGAGCUACAGGAACAACUUGCCCAGUGCAGUGACUCUAUGCAACUUCAGGAAAUUACUGUUCAAGAGCAGAAUGAAGUCAUCAGGAAACUAACAAGCUGCCUUCAACAGGCAAAGAAGGAUCAGGAUGACCUACAGGAAGAGGCUUCGCAUGUAGCUGGUCAGAUCCAUGAUUUACAACUUCAGUUGCAUCAGGUUAAUGAGAUGCUGAGGAGUAAAAGCCCUGGCAAAAACAAAGUAUUAGAAGCCCAGCAGCAGAUGUCCUUGUUUCAGAACUGUCUCGAAGAGCAAAAUGCACAUUUGGAGAUGCUGCGUCAGAAAGCACAUGACCUGGAAUUACAGCUUGAGUCUUCUCAAAAGAAUACCAAAGAUAAAGAAAAUCCGCUUUCCCAAAUGAAAGACACAACGCAACAGCUAUACAAAAGCAUAGGAGAAAAAGAACAACAGAUUAAAAGUCUUCAAGAUCUACUGACAUCGGAAAGAUUUAGUUUGUCUAUACUAAAACAUACCCUUUCUCUCCGGGACUCAGAAAUAACAGAAUUAAAAAAAGAAAUAGCUUUAUCCAAAAUGAAAGAACGAGAACAUAUUGAAGAACUGAAAAUCAGUCAUGAAAAGGAUAUUUGCAGACAUUUGGAGAACUUGAGGGCUGAGCUGGAGAAGUGCCACAGAAGAGAGAUUGCAGAAGCCAAGCAGGUAUAUGAAGAAGAAAUUAUUUUAAAAUAUAAGAAUGAACUUGAACAGUUAAAAAAAGAACUUUGUACUCUGAAUUCUGAAGAGCACAUUCAGAAUUUGAAUGGUAUAAUAAUUGACUUAAAUAAUAGUCUUCGUGAGUCUGAAAUUAGUAAAGAAAAUUUGAGAAGGAAACUUGAAAACCAACAGGAAGACUUCCAGAGAGAGAAAUCUGAAAUUGAGACUAAAUACAAGGAUUUAAUUGAUGGCCUUGAGUCUCAACUUUCUGAUGCAGAAGAGCAGAUCAAGGAAGCCCAGCAAUAUCAACAAGAAAAGCAGUCCUUGAAUGAAGAGAUUCAGAAACUGAAUUAUUUCAUCCAGGAAUUAAAUGAAAAGCGACUUUAUGUGGCUGAAAAAUGUAUAGAUGUAAGGCAAAAACAUGAUGAAGAGAUUGUCUCCAAUAAAAAGCUAAUGGAAUUGAGGGAAAAACAGAUUUUACCAGAGGUGUCACAGUUGCAGAGAGCAGAGCUUGAGGAGAUGUGGAAUAAACCACACCAGUUGAAAGGUGAAAAUAAGCUAAUUCGCAAAGAACUAGAGUUCCAGUGUGACUUGGGAGUAGGCUCCUCAAGGGAUCAAUUAGAAGAAAUUAAGAAUUCAAGGAUCACAGAGAAUAACCUGUCUGAAGAACACUUGUCAGAACUAGGGCUUUUCAGUGGUGAUGAAGUCAUAUUGGCUAAAUAUCUCAUCUCCACGGAGAGACCAGAAGAGUCAUAUGCGUCCAGCACUUCUGAAGGUUAUGCCAUUGAAGAAGGUGGAUGCAGUAGUGUGCUUCUAGAACCCAGCAGAGAUGUUAUACUUCCUCCAUUAAACUUUGGCCUUGAUGAGGAAACAUGUCCUAGCAGUUUGGCCCAAGAGACAUUUGAAGAGACUGAGGUGGGAGCAGAGGCCUUUGUUUCAUUUUUGUCAGAUAGGUCUCUGCAGCAAAACAAAAUAAGCGACCAUGAUGACAUAAAGAAUGAUGAGACAACUUGUUUAGUAGAGAGAUGUGUGAAGCUAACUGAGCAGCUAUGUGAGAAGGAGUCAGCCUUGAAGAAAUCUUAUCAGGAGACCCAAGAAGCUGUUGGAAAAUGGGAAAAAGUAAUGGCUGAGCUCUCUCAUAAGCGUGUGGAACUGGAAGAGGAACGUGAAGCACGGAUCCGUUGUGAAAAAGAACUUCUUCAAAAAACAGAGAAGGAAAGAGAACUUGAAAACAAAACAAUGUUUCUAGUAAAGCAGCAGGAUGAAGAUGGAGGCCAACUUUACUGUGCUGUAGAGCCUUUAACACAAGUGUCAAAAUCCUCUACCUGGCAAGAAAUGGUCAGAGACCUCCAGGAGGAAAGAGAAAUGUUGAUGGUGCAGCUGCGAUCUCAGGAACAAUUAGUGAAAGAUGUUCAAGAGCAGAAAACAGCUUCUGAUUCUGUAACAAGUGAAGUACAGUCUCUUUUUGGACGUCAGUUAGCUGCUUUGCAAAGUCAAAGAGAUCAAAUGCAAAGUCAGCUUGAUGUUCAGAAGGCUAAAAACCAGACAAUAGCAGAGCUGCUUGGUCAGAAAACGAUAUCUGAAGAGACAUUGCUGAAGGAACAGGAGUUGCUCAAAGCUGAAAUCAAUAAUAAAGAACAAAAUUUAGCACUCUUAUUGAAUGAAAAAACAGCCUUAGGAGAAAGAUUAUCUGAUAUGGAGGAGAAUCUAAUAAAAGCAGAAAAAGCACUAGCAGAGAAUGCUAGCAUCAUUGAGGAUCUUGAGAAAAACAUACAUGAACUUAACGCUGAAGUGAAAAACCUCAAAGAAAUACAGGAGUGUGAAAGACUGGCAUAUGAGGACAGAUUAAACUUCAGCAGCCUAGAAAUUCAUAAACUUAAUGCUGAAAUAAAGGCAAAAAGUACUGAAUACAGUGAGAAAAAAAGCCAGUUGACCGAAGAAAUUGCCCAUAUGAAGAAGGUUUGUUUGGAGCUUGAGACUCGCUUGCAGGAGUCCUUUCAGUCUGCACAAGCUGCACAGGAGGCACAAUCUGAGAUGGUGAAAUAUUACAAAGAGGAAAUCGAUAAAAUGGAGACUCAACACCUUGCCGAAUUAACUAAAGUAAGUUUGACACACAAGAAGGAGAUAGAAGAAUUAAAUGCUGAAAUAAAAGAUAAAGUGGAAAACCAGCAGAAGUUGGAAGAAGAAAGAAAGGAACAGAUUGCUUUAAUAAAAAAGGUGCAUGAACGAGAGCACGAUCGUGAAAUCUCUGAGCUGAUUACUAAACAUGAAGAGGAAAUGGAGAACCUCCGUGCUGAACUAAAGAAAGAACAGCAGCACCUGUUGGAUGAACUUCGGCAGCAAAUGGCAGCCACACACAAAGUGGAGAUUGAGCAAGCUCAACUCCAAUCACAGACACUGCACAGCCUUGAAUUGGAAGCUUUACGCCUAAGCUUAAAUAAUAUGCACACCUCCCAGCUUGAGCUUACGCAGUCAAACUUGAGAAAAGAAAAGGAAACUGCCCUUGUGGAACUACGGGAGAUGCUCAAUGAUAAGCGUGCUCAAGAGAUAGCAAUUCUGCAAAGCCGCCAUCAGCUGGAGUGGGAGAAGAUUAAAGAACAGUGUCUGAAGGAAAAAGAAGACCUUAAGUCAAAGUAUCAGCAAGAACUAGUUGAUCAAAGAAAGAAAAUAGAAUUGGAAAUGGAAGAGACACGUAUCCAGGCAUUAGAGACUCUCAAAAGAGACUGGCAAUUGGAGUCUGAGAUGUGUUUGAAAAGCACGUGUGAAGAGCUGUCUGAAAAACAUCAGACUGAAAUGAUGGAACAGCAGAAAACUCUGGAAAUGGAACUGGAAAAAUUCAAAGCAGAGCUGGGGCUUCUUUCUCUUGAGAACGAACAGUCUAAAAUAAAAUGUAUAGAAUUGGAGAAGCAACACCAGAUAGCCAUUAGAAAAUUACAAGAACAGCUGCAGGCUGAACAUAACCAACUCCUAGAAGACAGGAAAAUGAAAAGCCAAGAAAAAGAGCAGAAUCUUCAGAAAGAGCUGGAGAAACUUCAGGUCAUGCAUGAAGAACUCAAGACUCGGUCACAAGAAGAAAUCAGGCAGCUUUGGUCUCAGCUUGACAGUACCCGAGCAAAUCGGCAAGAGCUAAGUGAUGGUGAGACCAGAAUGCAAGCCCAUGGUCCAGAGCUAAAAGAGCAGCUCCUGGCUCGUGCAUCACGGGUGGAAGAAAUAGAGCGUUUAAAACAAGAAUUUGAACAGCAGCGUCAGCAAAGAAAAAGUGAGCAUGAAACUGAAUUGGAACAACUGAGACUUUAUUUUGAAAAGAAGCUAAGAAUUGCUGAAGAAAACUACAGAGAAGAAUUGACUUUGCUGCAUCAGAGACUGCAAGAACUGAAGGAAUAUUCACUGUCAGAGUUGGAAGUGAGUCAAGAUCAAGCAGGGGACAUCAGUUCUUCUGUUGCAGUUUUUGAAAAGACUACUGAGAAAAAAAGAAGAGAUACCCUUGGUCAGUUAAAUCAACAGCUGGAACAACAUCAGGAAGAACUUGCCUGUUUGCAGGUACAACUUAAAGAACAACACAGGCAUGAAUUAGACUCCUUAAGGUCUUCCCUUGCACUUCAAUAUAAGGAGGACCUAAUGAAAAUGAAGAUGGAUCUGUCAGACAAAUAUAUAACAGAAAUUGAGGAAAUGAAGAGAAAGCAUUGUUUAGAACUUGAGCAGCUCCGUGCCCAACUUUCAGAAGAACAUAUUAAAGAAAUCACCAAGCUGCGCCUACAGAGUGCUCAAGAUGCAGCACGUCAAGUUGAAAUGGAGGUGGCUGAGCGAGUGUGUGUGCUGGAGGAAGAGCACAGAGCUAAGCUCUCUCUCCUCCACUCUGAGAAACGACGUAUUGCAGAGCUUUCGGAAGAAAUAAAGCAUUUAAAGGAAGAGAUUACUAAACAGAAAGAUUUUUCUGUGCAGAAUGAAAAGCAUCUGAAAGAGGAAAUGGAAGAGAUAAAAUAUAAAAUUGCUGAGGAUCACAAGAAUAAAUUAAGAGAAGCCAGAGAAGAAUUCCAGAAAAUGGAGACUAUGUACAAAGAAAAAGAGAAGAAAUGGAAAUGUGAAAGCGAGGACCAGAGAAUCCAAGCAGAAGAGAAGUUAUCAUUGUUGCGUAUAGAACUGCAAAAUAAAGCAGAAUAUGAGAAGCAGAAUUUACAAAAGGAAUUUGAACUUCGUGAAGCUGAAAUGAAUCAGCUUCAAGAUCACCAGGCUGCCAAAAUUCUAGAAUUGGAAAAGUUGGUAAAAGAGCAGCAAAACAACUUGCAGCAACUAGAGGACACCCUUGCAAGUGCACAGGCCAUGCAGAAAUCUCAGGAGCAAUAUGACAGUGACCUGCAGGCAGCCAAAGCGUGCAUGGCAAAAGAAAUGGAAAAGGCCACACUUUGUCUGCAGGAAGAAUGUGCACUGAAACUUAUGGAAGCACAAAACAAGUUUAUGGAGGAACACAAAGCUAUGACUCAGAAAUUCACAACUGAGCAAGAGAUUCUUCUCCAAGAGCUGAAAAAGAAACACGUUGAUGAGCUGGAACUCCAAAGUCAGCAGUUACAGGAGAAGCAUAAGCAGCAAAUUUUGUCUCUUACAGCUGAGUUUCAGACAAAGCACCAAGCUGAAAUUGAGACACUUAAAUCUACACUAGAAAGUAAACAGCAGAUUCAGCUUGAAGCUUGUGUUGCUGAACUACAGACAAAGCAUCAGGCACAAAUUGAUGAGCUGGAGGCUAAACACUUAUCAAAUCUGGAUUCCUUGGAGUCAUCCUACCUAUCUGAAAUUCAAAAUAUAAGAGACGAACACAGUCAGGCUCUUGAGAAGCUCCAGCUGCAGCACACAGAACAGCUCCAUGAAAAGGAUAAAAUGUAUCAAGCUCGCUUGGUUCAGGAGAUAAAGACAUUGAAAUUAAAGCACGAUGAAGAACUUCAACUUUCCCAAAAUAAUUUGAAAAUUGAGCUAGCUGCUGUUCAUAUGGAAAAACUUAAAGCCAUGGCUGUUGAAGCCGAAGAGGCUCAUAAGGAUGACUUAAACACAGCUCUUCAAAAUCAAAGGAAGCUGCUGGAAGAAGAAAAACGUCUGGCCCUGGAUAUAUUACGUGGGGAAGUAUUACAUAUGGAGGAAAAGCAUAGAAAAGCACUCCAAGAACUUCAGGAUCUUCAUGAGGCAGAAAUUAAGAAAUACAAGGAAGAAUACUCCAGGGAGCUGGAAAAAGAACUGGGGAAACUAAAAGCGCAGCAUGAACAUGAGCAGGAGGUGUAUGCUUCUGCAUCGGCAUCUGAAGUAGAAACUGUGCGGACAGCUCUUCUGGCUCAGUUUGAGGAGGUAAAAUUGAAGCAGCAGCUUCAGUUCCAGGAAGAGAUUGAGCUGCUGAAGUGUCAGUCAGAGGUACUGCUUGAACAGCAGAUUGCACAGCUGAAGGAUGAAUUUGAAGCUGAAAAAAAGGCAUCACUACAUGACAAGGAGCAGAUGUUGAUUCAGGAGAGGGAGAAGGCACAGGCUGCUCACCAAAAGCAGCAAGAGAAGUUAUCAGCCCAGCUGCAGGAAAAAGCAGUAAUCAUUAUCCAGCUGGAAAAGAAAGUGGAGUCUUUAAACCGUGAAAUAGAGGAGACCAGCUCUGAACUGGAGACGCUCCUUCAGAAGAGGGACAGAGAAAACCAAGAAGGAGGGAAUUUGGUAGCCAUGUUGAGAUCUGAUAUAGAGCAGUCCAAGGAUGAAAGGAAAAAACUGCAGGAAUCUUACCAGCAUCUUUUGAAAUUGCUUAUGGAGUUGGUGAAGGCUACAAUAGCUAUUGAGGACCUUAUCUGUAGCAAGAUUGGUCUUUGCCUUGAUGAUAGUCUGGCUUCUGGAGAUUCUAGAGAAAGUCACAGUAUUAUGGAAGAAAUGGGGUUCAUGCAGUAUUUCAAAGCCAAAGAAAAGCAUCACCUAGAAAAAGUAGAUGAGCUGCUUGAUGGAACUCUCACAGAACAUAACCAGCUGCCUCCAGUGACUGAUGAGGGGUCUGAGUUGAGCCAAUACUUAUGUGAAAGUGUUUUUGCAAAGUCAGAAUUGGUAUGUGAAAAUGAAGAAAUGAUACUGAAGAUUGGUCAUCGUUUGCGCACUGCAGUGGAGAGACUUCUGGAACUGGUUACAGAAUCAACUAAACAACUGGAGAAAAUGCAUGAAAACCAUGCGCAAUUUGAGGAAGAAUUCAGCCGCCGAAAUCGGGAAACUGCCCAAGUGGUUAGUCAGCACCAAGAACUAAUGGAGUGCCUCAGCGAGGAAAGUGAGGCCAAGAAUCAGCUGGCAUUAGAGCUUCAUAAAGCAGAGGGCAUUAUUGAAGGCUAUGUUGCAGAAAAAGCUGCUUUGGAAGAGGCCUUGAAUAUGAAAGAGGAAUCUGAGCGUCGCCUUGUUGUGGAGCUGGAAAAUAUGCGCGAACGCUUCCAGGAGCUAACCCAGGAGCAAGCAAUUCUUGGUCUACUCAAGGAAGUAGAAUUUUUAGCAAAGGAGAAAUUAGAGCUUCAAUGUCAGGCAGAAAAGGACCAUUCCAACUUACGCUCUCAAAUGAAAGUUUUGGAGGUGGAACUGGAAGAGCAGCUGCAUAGUAAUCAAGACCUGGCUACACAGUUAUUGGAAGUUGCUGAAUUAAAACAGCAAAUUCAAGUUCUUGAAAAACAGCUUAAAAACCAGCGGCAAUUCAUGGAUGAACAAGCUAUAGAAAGGGAACACGAACGUUUUUUUCUAGAAGAACAGUUAAAACUUUCAGCAAAAUCACAGACUUCAGGAGAGCCCAGAGAGUUUAGGAACUAUGAAUUGAUUCUACAGGUAGAGUCUUUGCAAGCAGAAAUAAAAGAGAAGAUGGAUGAUUACAAUAAGCUGUUAUUAGAAAAGGAGCAAAAGCACCAAGAAAUUACAGUUCGUGAUAAAGAGAUAGAAAAACUGGCAGCACAAGUACAAGAACUGGAGCACAGUGGUACUGAAGUCUCAAAGACUGUAUGCUACUUGGAACAACAACUGCAAAAAAUGAAGAAAGUGGAAACCGAACUAAAACAAGAUAAAGAGGCAUUGCAACAGCAACAGUACAAUAACCUGAUUCAGAUCUCUACCCUACAGUCUAAAUUGGAUGAAGCAAGGCACAGAGUACCAGCAGAUGGCAGUUCUGCCCCAGUGCUGAAGGAGAAGUUACAGGCAGAGCAGGAAGCACUUCAGACCAAAGAGAGAGAGAUUGCAAGCUUGUUAGACCAACUAGAACAAUAUAAAGAUAAUUUGAUCAGUAAAAAUGAGGAGAUACUGCAGCUGAACUUGCAGUUAGAGAUGCAAAAAAACCUUAGUACUUCCAGCAUCAGCCAGCUUCAGUUAGAGAACACACACUUAAAGGAUCUAACAAAACUUCAUGUGAAGCAAAAUCAGGACUUGGGUAUUAGUGAUUCCUCAGCUUUGUCAUUCCCACAAGCACUGCUUAAAGAAAAGAAUCAAGAAAUUGAUCACUUGAAUGAGCAGAUCAAGAGGCUCCAGCAUGUGCUAGAAAAUACUCUGGAGAAUGAAGUUGUGGAAGACCAAAAAGCCGAAAUUGAAGAACUCAGAUCACUUGUUGAGCACCUUCGUGGUGACCAGGAAAGGCUGCGUAAGGACAAAGAUGAGGAGGUAGAGCAACUCCAUGGAGUAAUUGAAAAGCUUCAAAAAGAGCUGGCACAAUUUGGACCAGUAUGUCAUGAAGUUAGUGAUAACCAAGACGAUCUUUAUCAACUUGCAUUGGGAAAGCCAGUGGAAAACCUUCAGAAUGAGUUGAAGAAGGGACUGGUAGAUUGUCAGGGUGAUAUUGAUCCAAACGGAAGAAACGCGUUGCUACUCUCCAAAGUGAGAGAACUUCAGGAGGAACUAGAGCUUGUCUCAACUGCUAGAGAAGCUCUGCAGCAGCAACUGGAAGAGAAGGAAUCGCGGUUCAAAAUGGAAGUGGAAAUUUUGGAGAAAAAAUGCCAAAAAUUACCAGAGUCAUCAGAGCAGCACAUUGCAGAGCUGACCUCUCUGAGAAUACGGUACGAUGCACUUCAGGAAGAGUACAGCCUUUUCCAAAAUCAUUUUUCUCAGAGAGAGGUUGAAGCAAGGAGGAUGGCUUCUCGCAUUCAAGAACUUGAAGAUACUGUGAGAGAAAGGGAAGCAAAUAUUCUAGAGAAAGAUAUGCAAGUGAAGACAAUGGCAGAUCAAAGAGAAGCUGAUAUAAGCAAGUUGCAGUACUUAACAAAAAAGGCAGCAGAGCUUCAAACGGAGUUGGAAAAGAGAGAUGCAAGUGAGGCUCAAGAUGUUUAUAGUCUUCAGUUAGAAGUUUCUAGACUUGGCUUCCAGGUGCAAGCACUGAAUCAGAAAGAAGUAGCUUAUCAGAGAGAAAUCAAUGAACUGCAAGGUAGCACUGCAAAACUGAAAGAUCAAAUUGAGGCAUAUGUGGAAGCGCUUGAAGGUUUACAAUUGGAAAGAGGUGAACUUAUUUCACAGUUGGAGUCGUACAAGCCAAAGGAGCAAUGUGAUCAUGAAGAGACUAACCUUCUCAAGCCAUUUUGCCAGAGAGAAAGAAAAAGUGAAGCCCUUAAAAAAGGAAUGAAGGAAUUGGAAGAACUGGAAGCAAAUGUUGAUCAGUCAUUUGCAGUACUGGCUUCCCCUACUGAUAAACUGGAAAAAGAUAAAGUUAUGUUUGACUUGAUGACUCACAAUAUAAAUCCAGAAACUCAAAUUAAGCAAUCACAAGAAGAUAUCUUGACUCAGGAAUUGGAUGCGAUCAAGAGCUCUGAAGAGGAGGAAGACUUGAAAAAGCAUUGCCAGCCAAUGUUGGAAAUUCAUCAAACUCCUGAUUCUCCAAAACACAAUUUGAACAUAGGCAAAGACUCUUCGAAAGACUUCCAAAAUUUCAUUGCAGGUAUGGCUUCAUGGGGCUCACCUGAGAUUGUGAGAAAGCAAGAUAUAAGCACGGAACUUCAACCAGUGCUUCAUCUGACACCCUUUUCGGAAGUUGAAAGCACAGAUUUUGGAAUGAUGCACACCAGGUCAUACAUGCAAGAAGAUAAUUUUGUAUUGCUGGGAUAUUCUAACCUGUAUGAAAAUGGCAGUGAGGAAGCAGCAGUGGGAGUAGAUAGGAAAUCUCCAGCUUUCUCUGAAAGUACCUACUCUGUGGAUGAUGACCAAGAUAUGGAGAAGAUGAUUUUACAGAUGAGAGAAGCUGAUAAUCUAACUUUAACCCCUUCUGAUUCACAAGAUGAUGUAAGAUCAAGAGCAUCUGCCAUAGAUGCAAUGAGCGAUGCAUAUGGCAGCAAUACCAGCUCAAAUUUGGCAGCUAAACUAAAGCAGGAGCUACGAACAUCAGACCACCUAGAUACUAGUUUCAUGGCUUAUCUGCAGUAUUGUGGAAUGCUUCCAGAUAUUAUGGAAUCAAUGAGAGAAAAGGAAAUACUUUCACCACAGCUGAAGACUGUGCUGAAGAUGGUAUGUGAGGAGAGCUGCAAAAUACUGGCUUUGUCAGAACGUCCCUUUAGUUUUAGGGAGCUGAAAGAUGUUCAUCAGACCAGAGCGGUGAUGGAGGGAUGGCAGAAGGAGGGCUUAGCCUUGCUGGAUGCUAUACAGUCGCUGAAAGAUUACCUUAGCAAGGUGGCAGAUAGAGGAGACAAGGAGGAACAGAGGCAGAUGGUUGUAGAGCACCUUUUCUCCUCAGACCGGAAUAGCUUGCUCUCUGAAAUACAGGACCUCCGAGCUCAGCUACGCAUUACGCAUCUUCAGAAUCAGGAGAAGCUACAGCAGUUGCAGGAAACCCUUACCAAUGCAGAAGAUCAUGGGAGCAAACAAGAACACCACCUUCGGAAGAAAGGUAAUAAUCGCCAAGUUCUUGUUAUCUGGUCUUCUAUGUCACAGGAAAAAUCUAUCAUAAGCGACUUGCACAGCACCCUGUCUGAGGAGCAGAAGAGAGCCUCUGAAACAUGUAAUCUCUUGAAUCAAGAAAAAGUAGCCCUGAAAUCAGAGCUUUAUGAAAGUAAGCAAGAGAAUGAAAGGCUGCAGAAAUCCCAAGAAGAGCUUCAGAGGGAAAUAAAACAGUUACGUUUUGAAUUGGAAAAAAAAGAAAAGGAUUUGACAGCGGCACUUGAAGACUUGCAGACUGAACACCUGAAGGAAACAGAGCUACGAGGUUUGUUUGAGGAACAACAGCUUCAGCAUAAGAAAGCAGAAGUUGAAAAGACAAAGGCCUUGGAGGAGCUGCAGGCUACCUUGGAGUUGCAAUCAGUGCAGAAUAGCCAGCUGGCCGUAUCCUUAGAGCACGAGCAGAUGGUAAAUGAUAAUCUUCGCAAGGAACUUCAGAUUGAGCACUCCCGCUGUGAAGCGUUGCUGUCCCAGGAACAGACCAAACUGUCAGAGCUACAGAGAAAUUUGGAUGCUGAGAAAAAUCGUUCCUUGGAGCUCCUGAAUUCCUUGAAUCACGAACGUGUUUUGACAGAACAGUUGAGCAUGAGAGUGAAAGAAGGUGUUUCUUGUCAGCACAGGGAGUCGCUGCUAGAACAAGCCUUUGUUCAAGAGCUCCAAGCCCAGCUCAAAGAAGAGAGGUCCCGAACUAUGGAGCUAGCUGCUAUUAUUGAGAAAACACACCAGAAGGCCAUUCGUUCCAAAAGGCAGCUAGAGGCCGAAGUACAGAUGUGCUGUGAAGAAACCCAGAAGGAGAGAGAGGUCAGUGACAAAUUGCGAGCUACGCUGGAAUCUCUUCAGGAUCAAAAGCAAGAGCAAAACUUGGAACGGCAACACCAGAGGGAUGAACAAAGAAUUAAAGAGCUGCAGGAAAUACUGACAAUAUUAGAAGAAAGAGAAAGAAAUCUCCCAUCUCCAAACCGUCAGGAGGAAUUCUUCUGUACCUUAAACAAAGAUCAAAAUGCCACACAGGCCACGAUAAAGGAAACUGAAGAAUUUCAUUUGCAACAGCAGCAACAACAGCUAGAGAAGAUAAGACAGCAGUUGCUUUUUGUAGCUGUGCACCUGAAUGAGUUCAUAUAUAAAACUGUAGAUAAAGCAGUUAAUGAUCGGUCUGUAUCAAAUGAUGAAGCUGUAGCCUCUUUACUGCAGACAUUAAAGGAACUAGAAUCAGAUUUAUUGUCUCCUCCUGCAACUCAGAUCAGAUCGCUGGAUACUGACUCUGUUCAAGAACUGGAAAGAGACGCUUGGCAGCGAGAGAGAAACAUUUUGCAGAAUGCACUGAAACAGGCUGAAUCUGAACUGGCUAAAGCAACUGCUGAAAUUGAAAACAAACCAGUGGUAGAAACUUCCAGUCCCAAGUUGCAGAGAUUAUAUAGGAAGUACCUUAGAGCAGAGAGCUUUAGAAAGGCUCUAGUUUAUCAGAAGAAAUACCUCUUGCUGCUUCUUGGUGGAUUUCAGGACUGUGAGCAAGCCACCCUCUCUCUAAUAGCACGUAUGGGAAUCUACCCCUCACCUGCAGACCUGCAGCUUUCUGGAUCACGUUCCCGUCCUUUUACCAAGUUCAGAUGUGCAGUCAGGGCAAUCAUCGCAGUAUCAAGGUUAAAGUUUCUGGUGAAAAAGUGGAACAAAGUUAGCAGGAAGAGCGCACAGGGUGAAACCAUUUCUCACAGUAUAGGAAGCAAUACAGCCUCUGGUGCUCAGACAGAAAUUCUGAAAAAGCAGCAGCCCCCAGCUGUUCAUCUUGGUUCUCCCCCCACACGGGACGCUGGGCUGUGCCACAGAACCAGCUCUGCAAGAUUUGUGAGCCACUCCCCCAGAUCCUCUCACUGCUCACACAACAGAUUGCAUACAUCCACAAGUUCAGCUUCAGAAAAGUCACUUGUGCCUACUCAGGAUCCUGAACGAUCGCUAACGGAAUACAUCCAUCGCUUAGAGGUUAUCCAGCAAAGACUAGGGGGUGUGCAACCAGGACAAGUUCCAGGCCCACCUCGCCAGAGAAACAUGAGAAAGUGAUGAGACCGCUUCUGAAAUCUGUACUGCGAA